AUGGCUGCGCGCGCGGGGCUGCUGCUGCGCGCCCUGCCGCUGCUGCUGUGGGGCGGCCUGGGCGCCCGGCCCCCGGGGCGCGCGGGCCGGGAGCUGCGCCGGGAGGCGGAGGCAUUCUUGGAGAGGUAUGGCUACCUCAGUGAACAGGCCCCCGGAGCUCCCUCAUCCACGCGACUCAGCAAUGCCAUCAGGGAGUUCCAGUGGGUGGCCCAGCUGCCCAUCAGUGGCGUGCUGGACCCCGCCACCCUCCACCAGAUGACACUGCCCCGCUGUGGGGUGGCGGAUACUGACGGCCAGGCAGCCCGGACCGAGCGGGUCAGCGCCCUGUUUGCCGGACGCCGGGCCAAAAUGAGGCGCAAGAAACGCUUUGCAAAGCAAGGCAACAAGUGGUACAAGCAGCACCUGUCCUACCGCCUGGUGAACUGGCCGCAGCACCUGCCGGAGCCCGCCGUCCGGGGGGCCGUGCGGGCCGCCUUCCAGCUCUGGAGCAACGUGUCGGCACUGGAGUUCUGGGAGGCCCCGGCCACAGGCCCCGCUGACAUCCGCCUCACCUUCUACCAGGGGGACCACAACGACGGGCUGAGCAACGCCUUCGACGGCCCAGGGGGCGCCCUGGCGCACGCCUUCCUGCCGCGCCGCGGGGAAGCGCACUUCGACCGGGAUGAGCGCUGGUCGCUGAGCCGCCGCCGCGGGCGCAACCUGUUCGUGGUGCUGGCGCACGAGAUCGGCCACACGCUCGGCCUGGCGCACUCGCCCGCGCCGCGCGCGCUCAUGGCGCCCUACUACAAGCGGCUGGGCCGCGACGCGCUGCUCAGCUGGGACGACGUGCUGGCCGUGCAGAGCCUGUAUGGGAAGCCCCAGGGCGGCUCUGUGGCCACCCAGCUCCCAGGAAAGCUGUUCACCGACUUCGAGGCCUGGGACCCCCACAGAUCCCAGGGAAGGCGCUCCGAAACCCAGGGCCCUAAAUACUGCCACUCUUCCUUUGACGCCAUCACUGUAGACCGGCAGCGGCGACUGUACGUUUUCCAAGGGAGCCACUACUGGGAGGUGGGAGCGGAUGGCAACGUCUCAGGGCCCCACCCGCUGCAGGAAAGGUGGGCCGGGCUGCCCCCCCACAUCGAGGCGGCCGCAGUGUCACUGGAGAACGGAGACUUCUUCUUCUUCAAAGGGAGUCGAUGCUGGAGGUUUCGGGGCCGCGAGCCGGUGUGGGGCUCUCCUCAGCUGUGCCGGGCAGGAGGCCUGCCUCGCCACCCGGACGCAGCCCUCUUCUUCCCUCCUCUGAGCCGCCUGGUCCUCUUCAAGGGGGCCCGCUACUAUGUGCUGGCCCCAGGGGGGCUGCAGGUGGAGCCCUACUACCCCCGAGGCCUGCAGGACUGGGGCGGCGUCCCCGAAGAGGUCAGCGGGGCCCUGCCCCAGCCCGACGGCUCCGUCAUCUUCUUCAGGGACGACCGCUACUGGCGCCUGGACCAGCCCACACGGCGGGUGACCGCCUCGGGCCGCUGGGCGGCAGAGCUGCCCUGGAUGGGCUGCUGGCACGUGAACUCGGGGGGUGCCCUGUUCUGA